GACACAACCAUCCAGUACAGCAGGGGGCGCCAGUGAAAACAAAUCCCGCGCGUGUUGGAGCUGAACUGGAAGCAUUAAAACUCUCAUUGCUGUCCCUCUGCUUAGUUUACCUCGUUAAAUCAAACAGUUGUCACUAUUUCUUUACUGUACAGUCCGUGUACAGACCUCCACUUGCGUAAACAUCGGGUGAACCGGUGUUCCGCCAUGUCGGGGACGCAGCUGCUCAGAGAGCUGGUCAACGAGCGGCUGGCGGCGGCUGCAGAGGAAAUCUUUGGACUCGUUGAAAAGACGCUAGCAGAGUAUCAGGAUGAAGUUGUCCGCUCUAAGAAGGAAAUCAUCCAACUCAAACAGGAGAUCGAGCAGCUGAGCGUUGUCAAAGCUGAAGCGUCAUCAUUCAGAGCAGACUCCCAGUCAGUCUCUGAGGAAGCAUUUCCUUCACAGCAGCCAGACCAGAUUCCCAUUGUAGAGGAGAUUGAGACCCAUGAUGACCCUCACCAGGUGAAAGAGGAGCAGGUGGAUCUCUGUAUUAUCCCAGACCUGGAGGCAGAUUCUUCUGAGGAUGAAAAAGUCAGACUUUAUGGGUCAGAAACAACUACUCAGACAGACUGCCAGCUGUUCCCAAGUUUCAGCGCCAUAACCGUGACACUGGACGAUGAUGAUGAAUGGAACGGGAGUGACAGCUCCUGUGGUCCGGGUCACGGCGACGCUUCUAUAAUGGAGCAGGAGCAAGCCCAGAGGGAUGAGAAGGCUUGCCGUUUCUGUGGCAAGCAAUUUAACAGGGACUCUGCUCUGAUCAGACACAUGGAUGAGCACUCACACAGGAGAGAAGGCCUUUAA